GCGCAUGGUCAAAAAACUAUUGAAAGUGAAAGCAACUGUUAACCAGCCACUAGGUACGAAAAUACAACGAUGGUUCUUUCACGCUCGUACACGUACGCAGUCGUGUUUCUUGCUUUAAUAAAAAAGACUCAUACAGGUUCUCACUCUCUGUGGGUGAUGGCUACAUUCAUAGCAGGAGAAACACAGUUCCCAAAGUUCAGUGCUGUGUUGAUGGUGGAUGAUGUGCAAGUGGAAUACUUUGACAGUAACGAGAGUAAAGUCAUCAUGCGGAGACACUGGAAAGCGGAGGAUGUUAUUGAAGAGGCAGACCUGAAAAACACCGUUAUGUCGAUGAUUCGUGACCACUUAAAUGUAUAUUUUCAACAGUUGAAGCCGCGUUUUAAUCACACUAGUGGGGUUCAUACAUAUCAGCGAAUGACUGGAUGUGAGUUGAACGAUGAAGAUGAAAGUCCACUGAUGUUGUGGGAUGCUUAUGAUGGCAUUGACACAAGGAGUUAUAACAAGGGUGCCUACAUACACAAUCCCCUUUUACCAGAGUUAAUGUGGAGUAAGUUAAAGAUAGAGGCCUCAAAACUAGUGAAUACCAACUUAUACCAGCCCCUGUGCAUCAGGACACUCAAGAACUACCUACAACAAGAGAAAAAUACAGUAAAGAGAAAAGUGCGUCCCAAAGUCAGGGUGAUACAGAGGACACACCCAGAGUCGGGGGCGCUGCAGGUGAUCUGUUUGGCCACGGGCUUCUACCCCCGUCACAUUAACAUGACCCUGCUGAGAGACGGGCGGACCAUUCCAGAGGAGCACCUGCUCACUGGAGACCUCCUCCCCAAUGGAGAUGGCACGUACCAGCAGAGGAGGAUCCUGGACACCAGCUCCGAGGAGAUGAAGGAAAGACACAAUUACACCUGCACUGUCACGCACACAAGCCUGAGCAACAAACUGGACGUCACCUGGGAACCGGGGCCUGCUCCGGACGUCACAUUCAUCGCUGUUGUUGUGUCCGUGGCUGUGUGUGCGGUCGUGCUUCUGGUCUUAGCCGUGGCUGCGUUCAUUAAGUGGAAGAGGAGAACUGCAGGUCUACAGGGAUACCGUCCACCUGUCUCCAGUACAACGCUGAACAAAGAAGAAAAUGACAUAUCUUCAAGCUCUUCCAGCUUAUAAGAGCACUGUGUACAUUAUUCCUGAGAGGCCCAUCAUCCACUGUAAACUCAGACAUGUAUUUUAUAUGCCAUUAAAAUACUUUUUGUUCAUUUACCUAUUAUUUUAUAGUUAGCCCUUUCUCCAAUGAACGUCAGUUUGAAAUACUUAACAUUUUCAUUUUAUCAUGGAAAUUAAGCAGUGUGUUUACUGUCAUGGUAAAUAAGAUCUCAUUAUGAAUGGCGCAGUUAGUUGAUUUGUUUUUGGUUAUCUGGAUUUGUAUGUGUAAUUAUCAAGGGUUUUUAAGCAAAUAACGCAAAUAUGAUGCAAAUGCAAAUAUAGAAUGAUGAUGCAAAUAUAGAAAUAUGAUGUAUAAACAUAACAAAAUAUGAUGCAAGAACUUGUACAUUCUAGCAGCCAUUUUUAGCAAGGAAGAUUAAUAUAUGCACAAAUAAUUUUAAUUGACAAAUAAUUUAUUUUCCAAAAUAUGUGUUAUUUAUUGCUAUAAGUAAAAUCGAAAAUGUUCUCAAAAAUUGUCAGCACGUCUUUUAAAUAAUUAGUUUUUGGUGCCACUGUGUUGUGAUAUAAUGUAAUGUUUUGAUUUGUACAGUGUUGUCGAUAUGAUUGCUUUCUUUCUUGGAUGGUUGUUAUGGUAUAAACUCACAUGAAUUUCUCAAAAUGUGAAUGCAAAGGAUCACCUGACUUGACUUGAUUUGGAAGGGGAGGGUCGGAGGAAGGUGUCAGCACAGAGAUGAAAAGACACACGGGGGAGUCACCCUUAUAUUAUAGCACCCUCUGCUGUCUCUAAUGUGUCACUGCACUCUAGGUCUACAGGGAUACCGUCCACCUGUCUCCAGUACAACGCUGAAUAAAGAAGAAAAUGACAUAUCUUCAAGCACUUCCAGCUUAUAAGAGCACUGUGUACAUUAUUCCUGGGGUACAUCAUCCACUGUAAACUCAGACAUGUAUUUUAUAUGCCAUUAAAAUACUUUUUGUUCAUUUA